AUGCAGUGGGAGAGCAAGGAGGAGGAGCACGCGCGUGAGGCGGAGGCGGCGUGGCAGGCGUACCUCCGGCAGCAGCGGUCGCGCCGCGGGUGGGCGCAGUACCUCCGGUGCCGCCCCAUGUCGCAGCUGGGCAAGAGCGACGACGGCAACUGGGUCGUGAUGCCGGCGUCGGCGCUAGACCGGCUCCAAUCGGUGGGGGCGGGCUACCCGAUGCUGUUCCGCGUCCAGAACGCCGCCACCCUCGCGGCCUCCCACUGCGGCGUGCUCGAGUUCGGCUGCGAGGAGGGGUUCGUGCACGUGCCCGCCCACGCCAUGGCGCGGCUCGGGCUGGACGAGGGCGACCUGGUGCUCAUGACCAGCACGUCGCUCCCCAAGGCCACGUCCAUCAAGCUGCGGCCGCACACCACCGACUUCCUGGGCGCCAAGGACCAGAAGGAGCUGCUCGAGCACAACCUGAAGAACUACUCCACGGUCACGGUCGGCGACACCAUCACCGUCGCCGAGGGGGCCAAGCGCUACCUGCUCGACGUCGUCGAGGCCAAGCCCGCCGACGCCGUCUCCACCCUCGACACCGACUGCGAGGUCGACUUCGCGACGCCGCUCGACUACGUGCAGCCGCCGGUUGCUCCCGCGCCCAUGAAGGUCGCCGCCGCCCCAUGCCAAGACUGCGGCGAGCGGCGGUUCGUUGGCGUCGGGAUAAGGAUGGACGGCAAGCCCGUGGAGCAGACCCCGCCCCCUGCGCCGACGCCGGCGGUGGGAUCUUCGGGCAAGGGGAAGAGUGCUAGUGAGAAUGUGCUUCGGUUCUUCGGCGGCCGCUCGGUGGCGGUGCCACCCCGCGGCGCCAAGUCGGCGAAGAAGGUGGACGGCGAGGAGGACAAGGAUGCCAAACGGUUCGCCGGCCAGAAGUAUACCCUCUAG